AUGAGAUGGGCCACUGUGAUUAUUCUAUUGUUGGCGGACUGGUCAGCAAGUUCGGACGAGGUCUGGCACAGGUUUGAUCAUGUAGAGACUACGUCCACGACAUCUAAGCUGCCGUUAGAAGAUUUGCCUAAAUCUACACCGGUGAAUCAAGAAGCGAUGCUUACACGAGGUUCUGGUGUUUGGAGUAGUUUUGGCGACCACUUAGACGACGAAGAGGUGACGGUAACACUAGGGCUUAAUAAGCCCACCUUAAUGAAGGGUCUCCAUGUCGACUGGGUGCUGCCUCCUUCAUUUUACAAGCUAACCGGAUACGUCGAAGGAUCCAAUACGGUUAGCAGCGAGAAGGACCUGGUGCCCUGGACUGCAUACGACAAUCCUAACACCACCCAAGAUGUGUCUUUCUCCAACAACUAUUUCUUCAACCGCAUUCGACUGGACAUGAAGCAGUACAGUCCCUAG